AUGUUUAUAAUUUUUUUAAUCUAAGCUAUACACUCGUUUGAUCCAGAGAAUUUCUUAUGUGGAUUACGUCUAUUUUAUGAUGAAAAAACAUUUUUUCUGAUUGAUUAAUAGAAUGAAAAGUAAUAUAUUUAUUUAAUAGCUGAGUACUAUGCCUUAUAUACAAACAUGUCAAUCUCCUCAUUUUGCAUUAGAUAUCUAAUAAACUUAUAAAUCCUCACCAAGUUUGAAUAAUAAUUCAUAUUUUUUGGUUGGAUUUUCAGAUGCAUACAUAUUUGCAGGUGAUGCUAGUGAAAUUUAAUGGUUAUCGAUUUAGGAGUUCAAAGUAAAAUAAAAUAGAACCACUGUAUCAAUUCAUAAAUAUAAUGGUUAUAAUGGAUAUUUUGUUGAUAAGGAAGAAGAUGGAGGACAUUUAUUAAUCUCAAAAGAAAAUUUAAUAAGAGAUUUUUCUUAUGGCAAAACGGAUGCUGUGGAUAAAUUUGAGAAAAUGGGUUUUGUAUAUAUUAUAUCUUGGGGAGGUAAAGGAGAUGCAUUAUAGAUUUUAAAAAGAUUUGUACAUUUAAUUGAUCAAUCUGAAGGUUAAGAAUAUUGUUAAAAGAAGGUCGCUUUAAUCUCAUUAGAAUAAAUCAAAUGUAAUUUAGAUUUAAAUUUUGAACACUUAACCUUUCAUACACCUGAUCUAUAUCAUCCACCAAUACAUUACCAUAUGGGAAAUUAAAUAAUUAAUGGAUCUUUGGACAAUGAAUACUUUACUAAAAACUAUCCAGGACUUUAAGUUUUUGUAGCAUAAAAUUUAAAUAAUAAAGUUUUAGAAUUGAGAAUACCUAUUAAAAAUAUGGAAACUCAUUAAUAAACAAUAGAGUAUCCUUUAAGUGGAUUAAUCGUAACAAUUUAAUAAGAAAAUAGAGGAUUUAUACAUAUUAUAAUAUUUGAAAGCGAUGAAGGAGUUGUUAUCAAUUAUAAAGAAGAUUAAAAUUUAGCUUAUAUAACAAUUGGUAUGACUGAUUCAAAAGUAUUUGUAUUUUCAUUUGUCACUUCAUAAUUUACCAAAUUUCCUUCUAUUGAUUUGAUUUAACAUGUAUUUUAAGAUUGUGUAUUUAUCAUACAAUAAAGAAAUAAUGUAUGUGAAAAUAUUCAAUAAUCAUGUUCUGAUGUUUCUUUAAACAUUUCUAAAUAAUUAUAAUUUGAAUUGGAUUCUGAUUAAUUAAUAAAAUUUAAAUCUAAUGGAGAAUACUAAGAUACACCAUUUGUUAAAAUUUUUGAUAACAUAAUAGAAAUAUAGAACGAAUUUAAUGUUUUAUUUUCAUCUGAAAUGAAAAAUAGAGAGAUGAAUCAUGGUGGAUAUAUUGGGUCAUUUCUUAGAAUUACUUAUAAAAAUUAAAGUAUUAAUUCUUUAAUAAUUAAUGAACAGAAUGAAAAUUUAGAAUUAUUUUAUAGUAUUAAUGAUAAUAUAUGUAAUUUUAUUUAAUAUAUUUUAGAUUCUCAUUCAGUUUAAAAUAUUAUUGGUUAGACAUAUGUUUUAGUAUUUACAUCUUAAAAUGAAUUAUCUGAUAAUUAAUGUUUAUAAUUAUUUAGAGAAUUUAUUGAUCACAUUUAAAAGAUAUUUAUAAUUGAAUAGAGUAAACUAUUUACUAAUAAAUUUAGUUGAAAAUCAUUGUGAAGCAUAAUAAAGAUAUUAUGAUGUAAAACCUAUUUAGUAUAAAGAAAUACAUAAACUAUUAAAAUAAUCAGCUGAGUUGAUUUAAACUGUAAAUUAAGAUUAAUUUGACUAAAAUGAUUUAGAAUAUUCGAUUGAUGAAGAUGAAAGUAUAUAAAAGAGUCUUAAAACAAAUUCAGAAUAACUAGGGUUUGUUAGUGAGGUUUCGAUAAUACCUGAAGAGAUCCAUCUAGAAACUUAAUCAAAUGAAAAUCUAAAAGAAAACUAAAAUUUAGAAACUUAAGAUCUAUUCUAAAAAGAAAACUUUGAUAAUGAAAAUUAUAAAUAAAAAUAAGAAAUAUAAGAAUAAACAAAAUAAUUUAAUAAUUUAAAAAAUUAAUAAAUUUAUUAAAGUAAAAAAGAAGAAUUUGAUUAAAAUGAAAAAUCAAAGCAAAACUUAAAACACUUAUAAUCUAAAUAAAAAAAUUUAAAAUCUUAAUUAAAUAAUUAAUAAAGAAGUAAGAUGGAAUAAAAAGAUAAAGAAUUUAGAAGUAGAUAAAAUGAAUAAUAAAAUAUUGAAUAAGAAGAUUAGACUUAAAAGAGAGAAUAACAAUUAUAAAUAGAAUAAAAUGAAUAAUAUCAAAACACAUUUCAUCAAAGAGAUUAAUAUUAUGAUAAAGGAGAUAGAUAUUUGAAUUAAUAAUAUUAAGGUAGAGAUUAUCAAAGAAGAGAAGACUAUUAUGGAAGAGAUGAUUAUUAUAAUAGAUAUAGUAGUAGAAGAGGACCACCAUUAACUGGAUAGAGUGUAGUAAUACCAAAAAAUCCAAAUGAUUAAGAGUUAGGGAGAUUUUUAAGGGAUGUUAUAAGCAAAUUAUAGUAAAAUAUAUAUUAUAUCUAUUAAGUAUUUAUUCAGAUCCUUGUGAUGCAAAAUCUACAAACUAUAAUCCAGAUAAUUGUGAAGUAGAUAAUUAUUAUGGUUCUUCUUCAAUAAAAAGGACAGAACCACGACAAAGGGAUUUUUAUCGAAGUGCUUAUAAAUAUGAUAAUAGAUAUGAAUAUAGGGGUAGUUAUUAUUGUUUAUAUAGCUUGUAUUACUGUUUAUAGUAAAUGUUAUUUUAAAGGGGAAUCUUUAUAACUCUGUGGUCAUCAAAGGAAUAUUCCAAAAUCAUAAUUAUAUUUAGAUAUUUUAUCAAUUAGAGCUGAUGAAAAUUAUAUUGUUGAAUUUUAUAUGAGAGGAAGAGAUGGAAGAUCAGAAUUAUAUACAUUAAAAGGUACUUAAAAGUGUCUAAAGUCUCCAUUAAGAGUUGAUUGGUUAUUACAAUGA